AUGGCGGAUGGUAUUCCACGAGGUGGGACUCCUCCGGAGCAGGAGAUGGACCCCGACGCCGAGCUCUUGCCUCUCAGUGUCCGACCGUUCGAUCCGGUGACCUACAGGCCAGCGAUUCACGUGCUACCUCCUGAUGGUCUUCGCCAGUUCAGGACUUUUGAUAGGGGUGUGCCACGAAAGCUUCUUCUGUGCGAGCCAGAGUCGCAUCUGUCUUACGGCGCUUCUGAGACAGUUGGAGCUGAGGCUGAUGAUGAUAGGAUUCAGCUCCUUUUGUCGGAGGUCAAGGGUAAGGAUAUAACGGAGCUCAUUGCAUCUGGACGAGAGAAGUUGGCAUCAGUUCCUUCUGGUGGCGGUGAUGCUGUUGCAGUGACCUCAUAUGGUGGUGGAGCUACUGCAGCAGCUCCAGCAGCAGCUGAGCCCAAGAAAGAGGAAAAGGUGGAAGACAAAGAGGAGUCAGAUGAUGAUAUGGGCUUCAGUCUUUUUGACUAAGGGGUUCAGAUUCCUUCUUUCCUCCACAAUUCAGUGUAAUGUAUGCUUGAACUUUUUGUUAUGCAGAGUGACUGUAGUUUUUGGUUUUUUAUUU